AUGCCCUCGCUGGAUGGCUUUACCAGUUUAGUUGCAGGUUUUGUUGAUUUCGAGGAAAUGGAUCGGAUGGUGGCUGAUCGAAGUGAUGGAAUUGAUUUAGCUUUCGAACGAGGCAAAGGUGUGCUAGUACUAUCUUAA